GUGGUUCAAAGCUGUCUCUUCGGAAUGUCGGUUGGUUUGGAUUUCCAGGAGUCUCGGUUGAGGUCGAUAGUCGGUAUGUCUUCUAUAUCAGCAGAUUGGAUAAAAAUAAAAGUACUACAGAACCUUUCGAAAGUGGCAAUUAUAAAAAGGCACUCCAAGAGGCAAAUAAAAUUCUUAAAAAAACACCAAAUUGCACGUCAGCAAAGGCACUUAAAGCACUUACACUCCAUAGAUCUGGGAAAAUUACUGAAGCCAAUCUGCUAGCUGACGAACUCAUUAAGUCAUACCCCACUGAUGAGUCUACACUUAAUGUCAUCAUGUGUUAUUUCCGAAAAACUGGACAGGGCGAAAAAAUAGCUGAGUUCUUAAAACGAUCUCUUGAAAAGUCACCUAACAGAGAAGAUUUGUUGGUCUGUUUAUUCCUUCAUCAUGUUCAGGAAAGGAACUUUUCUGCACAACAAGCAACUGCUAGGCUUCUUUUACAAAAAUUCCCGUCAAGUGCGUUCAACUACUGGGUUAUAAUGAGCACAAUAAUGCAAGCCGAGUCAAAUCCUAUAAUGGGACAUCGCAUGUAUUUGCCGCUGGCGGAGAAGAUGCUAAUCAGGGAAGCCGAGAACGGAAAAAUGUCUAGACAUUCUGAGCUUCAGUUGUUAAUAGAAUUACUUGCUCGCCUUCAAAAGCAUGAAGAAGCUUACAAACUUCUUUGUCGAAAAGACAUUACAGAUCGUAUAGAUAACGAGGACUACAUUUGCGAUUACUCUUCGAUGAAGCUCAGUUUGUUAGCUCAUUUGGACAUAUGGGAUGAUCUUUAUGAGUUGGCGAAAUCCCAAACACAAAUCAACCCAGACGACUGGACACCAUGGAAAAAACUAAUUGAGACGUCUUUAAAAGACAUGCAGCGGUAAUGCGUUAAUAAUUUUGUUUUUAUCGCUUCGUAAUCAAAAUACAUCACGCAUUAUAUCUUGUUGGUGUGGUCAAUACAGUCUUAAUCAAGUUUGUUCCAUUUUGCUUUUAAACUUAAUUGUUGUGGUCCAGGUUGUGACUUUUGGGUUCAGUACCAAUAGACUCCGGCUUCACCAAAUCUUCAAAUUGGUAAUAUUUCCAAAAGAGAUCUAAAUUUCACUAACCUGUAUUCUUUUUGUACGUCUUACCGUAGCACAACAAGAAUUAUUCUGCUACCAAAUUCCAUGUGUCCCCCCUUGCUUCAGUCAAGUACAUAGUAUAUUCCCCACUAAAAGUAUCCCAUAAAACCUACAUUAAUCACAAUGUGAUGGAUUAGAGUUAGCUUAAAGAGAUGAUUCAUCUGCUUACUCAUGCUUACGUCCUUUUCUUAUCAGGAUUGUCUCCUGGAUCAACUGUGAAUGUAUGCAGUAAAUUCUUCAGAAUACGAUUAAGUUGUAAUUGUUCGAAAAUCACACUUGUAAAGGUCCUUUCAAUAUCUUUCUGGGUAUGUAUACGGUCUUUAAUAAACGACCUGAAACUUGUUGCUGACAAAUAUCUGUUCAUGUAGCAACACUUUGGAGAAAAGAAAGUAGUAAGGGAAAUAAGUUGUGAAAAGAAUCUCAAUGUAAGUGAGCAACCGAAAUUAGGUCUAUAUUUUAUACACUGAAGAAACUUAUUCUUUUUGGGGCCAAUGAUCAUAGACAUCGGAAUGUAAUUUGAAGCCAGUCCCACUCCGAUUCCGCUUCGUUUACUCAGUGUACUAUUCAGAAGUAUGUAGGUUCAAACCAGUGUUUUAACUCAUACAGUGAUGGAUCUGUCAGUUCACUAAAAGUAUAUAAACAUGUAAUACAUAUUUGCGCGAAAUUGUACUCUAGUGACGACUGAUCCCGAUGUGCAAUCAAUAUGUGCUUAGAGUUCUAUCGUUUCGUUAUUCUUUGUAUUUUAAAUAAAAUAAAUAACAAUCUAUAGCAGUAAUUUAUAUUAGGUUUUGUGCAUUUUAAGUAAGCCCGAGUUACAAUACGUAAUUUGGUUUCCACUUUAUUUUUAAAAAAACCUGUUUAAUACAUUGUAAUCUCUUCAUUAUUCUUCCCCCUAUUAGCUUAGCAUAUGACAUGUGGUCAUGGGUUAUUUGCAUCUGACAGUUUAGAAACAAAUUUAUCAGAUAUCUUUUUUAUAUUCGAGAAACAGGAAAUUGCCCCGGGGUAUUUAGUUAUAUGCACCAAUAGUGUUUAAGACCAUUUGUGUAGUAACCUUUAUUCUAGCUACUGUUUACGGAUGGAUUCUGUUAAUUGGUGCUAAUCAACGUUCAACACGUCUCUGCAUUUGCCGUUUCUGUUACAUUAGACGUUGAAUGAGCUUGCAACCGUUUUUUACUUCGAUUUGUUUUAAACACUGUUUGGUACUCAUUUACUAUUAGUUUAAUAGAAGAUAAAUGAGCAGCCAAUUUUUUUUCCAUAAAAUAGUGUAGAAAAAGUUAUGUCGUUAAUCGACAUCGCCAUAACGAAUCAUCCUUAUAGUCGUGGUCCGCAAUUGGCGCGUUUGGAUAUGUAUGCGAACCUGUUACAGUUGGGAAUGCAUCUUGUUUAUAAUCAUAAUCCAUUGACAUUCUUGGAGGAUUACUUUAAUACAUUCUCUCAUAAGCCCAUAUGUUCUAUGGAUUUGGCUUACCUUUUACGUAUGGUUUUACCAAAUGUGGAUGAUCAAAUCAAGUAUAUUAAUUUUGUUAUGGAGGUUGCUGAGACUGAUCUGAACUUCACAAACAAAGAAGAUAAGACUAUUUAUCGUCAUCUGUGCGCUCACCAGAUAGCACGUGCUAAUAAUCAAGGAGCUUCUUUACAGUCAUUACUUCGUUACUACUUUGGAUAUGCCCCAGAUCGUAGUGAAGUUCUACUAAAGAAGUUAAAAGAUGUUGCUGUUAAUAAUGAAACAACACCUAGUGACCUUUACCCAGUUGAUGGAUUUUUGCUAUUAUCUUUAUCCUCGCUUUUGGAAACAUCCUCUCCGGCUUAUGAGUGUUCCUUCUCUCUUGGGACUGGACUUCUUUCUCUUUACUGGAUUUAUAUAAUCGGAUUAGAACAUACAAAUCUUAAUCACCAUUUGCGCAUAAAAUUGUGUAAUUUGUACUCUUCAGAUUUUCUUAAUUGUCCUGAACUUAUAUUGCCCCAGUUAGACAAACUUGAAAUCAAGCAGUUGCUGUUCCUUUCACUAGGGCAUUUAAUUGUAAAACCCUCUCCAUCAUUGGCCAUGUGUACAAGUAUAGUGGCUACACAGUCACAAGUUGACGAUAGUAGUUCUAUACAUAGUCUUUAUCAGAAGAUUAUAACACUUUCCAACAGUAUGGUCACGGAAGCGGAGGAGUUUUUAGUUGCUGCAUAUCGAAAACAUGCCUAUACAAAAGUUCGUGAAUUCACACAAUUUAUCAGCCAACUUCAUAAUGCUGACGUGUUUCUAACUGUCCGUGUUGAAAUGCUUCAUUGGCAGUUGAUUGUUUCACAACAUGACUUUGAUACACUUCUUGAGCAACUCGGUCAGGCUCAAAUUAGUAUUGAUAAUGUUACAAAACAACUUCCGAUGAUUGUUGAUUGCCGGGACUUCUCAGUCACACCGAACUUUGAUCAAUAUGAACGAGUUGAAAACGUUCGAUUGUCAUUUGACCAUUUGAAAUCAUGGUUAAAUCUCCGUUGUUUAACUCUAAAUGCUAUUGUCAAUGCAACUUCCCUUGUAAUGUCAAUUGUAAAAGUUGAGCAUUAUAUGAUUUCCGAAAGUCAGCAUGAAAUUGCAGAGAACGUACCACCAGAAUCUGUCAAAAUUUUAAACAGUCUGCUAUCGACAAUGAAUGAUCUGGAUUCACAUACCAAAGAACCAUCUACAAGAGAAUUAAGCAAUUUUAAAUUACUAUCAUGGAGUGUUAUGGUAAAACGUGAUCAAAUACUCAAAACAUUCCCUGAUUUGCCAGAUGUAUCAUCCGCUUCAUUAUAUUGCUACGGACCAUACCGAAGGGUUUUAUCUAUCGGUAUUGAACUUAUAUUAGGACUUCAUGGUCUGGUUUCCCAAAACCUCUCUGCUUUUACUAAGAAAUCCAUGGACUAUCUUCUUCAGUCCUUGUAUGAAUCCUUUUUGUCUGGACAGCUUACUUCUGAAGAUACAGACAUACCAAAGGUUUAUCCAGCUAUAAAUACUUCUUUACUAUCUUCACCAAAAGACGAACAUUUGCCUAACGGGAUUUCUAGUGAUAACGAUUUUGUUCAUCCUGGUGGUGUUUUGUUAAUCCUGACAAUGUUUUAUGAAAGUAUUUCUUUGGCAACUUUGCUAGUAUCAAUGAUUCAAAGUGCCUUACGUCCUAGGAGUCAUUAUCAUCAUGAAAUAAAUAAAUAUCAAAAGAGAAAGAAUAAAAAAGAUAAAGUAAUAAACACUAAUUCAAAUCAUUCUCCAAUUCUCAGUUUGUUAGACAAUUUCGCUGUUGGUUUAUACUAUACUACAACGAAAUUGGUAACUAUUACUGAUCAAUUGAUAGAGGUUACCGAUUGUUGGUCUACUUGGUGUCAUGAUGUUUCAUGUAAAGAAUUUCAAUUGAUUGCUUCAAAUGCUUGUACACAUGUUCUGUCUGAAGAUUUCUUAGUACAGUAUCCUGUGCUAAGACCACCUAAUUGUGCUUUUGAAGAGCUCAGUAACGUCUACGAGAAAAGUUUCAAUCGAAUUGCAGCUGGUCUUCGUGUAAAAUCGUCUUGUCUUCAAAAUAUAACAACUGAAUUAGCCGUAUAUCAGUCUAGAACCCAUGAAAUAGUGUCUGUUCAGAAUUCAAAUUCUUCACCUUAACGAAUUAAUAUUUCAACUUGGCCAAUAUCCUUUAUUUUUAACAAAAUUCUGAGAUGUGUCUUGUUGCUGAAAAUGUGCAUUUGUAAUCUGUGACUUGUAAUUUCUCUAACAGUUGUAUUAAUUUCAAUAGUAGUAUGUUGGAG